UCUGGAAAGAUGGCGGCUGUGUCGGUGUUCCCCGGCGUGCGGCUCCUCAGCAUCGGGGACGCGAAUGGGGAAAUUCAGCGGCAUGCGGAGCAGAGAGAGCUGCGGCUGGAGGUUCGAGGCGGCGACAUAGCGCUGUAUAACGCAGAGAAUGUCUGCGUAUUUAAAUGCACCGUUACGAAGGACACGGAAUGCAGCCGCGUCGGCAAGCAGUCUUUCAUAGUCACUCUGGGAUGCAACAGUGUCCUGGUCCAGUUUGCCACCCCGGCAGAUUUCUGCUCCUUUUACAACAUAAUCAAGGGCUGCCGAUGUCAAAGCACGGAGAAGAGCGUCUUCAGCGAGCGGACGGAGGAAUCCUCUGCUGUGCAGUACUUCCAGUUUUAUGGUUACCUGUCACAGCAACAGAACAUGAUGCAGGAUUAUGUGAGGACAGGCACAUACCAGAGGGCCAUCCUGCAGAAUCACACGGACUUCAAAGAUAAGGUCAUCUUAGAUGUUGGUUGCGGAUCUGGAAUCCUUUCCUUCUUCGCGGUCCAGGCUGGCGCCCGGAAAGUGUACGCCGUGGAAGCGAGCUCCAUGGCCCAGCACGCUGAGCUAUUGGUGAAGAGCAAUAAUCUGAGUGAUCGCAUCGUGGUCAUCCCAGGGAAGGUGGAGGAGGUCACUCUUCCGGAGCAGGUGGACAUCAUCAUUUCUGAGCCCAUGGGAUACAUGUUGUUCAACGAGAGGAUGCUGGAGAGCUACCUGCACGCCAAGAAGUUUCUCAAGCCGAGCGGUAACAUGUUCCCCACGAUUGGGGACGUUCACCUGGCCCCCUUCACAGAUGAGCAGCUAUACAUGGAACAGUUUACAAAAGCCAAUUUCUGGUACCAGCCAUCAUUUCACGGGGUGGACCUUUCUGCCCUCCGUGGGGCAGCUGUAGACGAGUAUUUCAAACAGCCUGUAGUGGACACGUUUGAUAUUCGAAUCCUGAUGGCCAAAUCUGUGAAGUAUACCGUAAAUUUCUUGGAUGCCAAAGAGGCCGAUUUGCACAGGAUAGAGAUCCCUUUCUCCUUCCACAUGCUUCAGUCCGGCCUGGUGCACGGUUUAGCCUUCUGGUUUGAUGUGGCUUUCAUCGGAUCGAUGAUGACAGUCUGGCUGUCCACGGCCCCGACAGAGCCUCUCACUCACUGGUACCAGGUCCGUUGCCUCCUGCAGUCUCCCCUCUUUACCAAAGCUGGAGAUACCCUGUCUGGGACUGUGCUGCUUAUUGCUAAUAAAAGGCAGAGUUACGAUAUCAGUAUUGUUGCUCAGGUGGAACAGACAGGUUCCAAAUCAAGUAACCUGCUGGAUCUGAAGAACCCUUUCUUUAGGUACACGGGCAGCACGCCGUCCCCACCUCCCGGCUCGCAUUACACCUCUCCCUCUGAGAACAUGUGGAGCACAGCGGGGGCAUACGGUAUGAACACAGGAAUGGGCAUGGGAGGAAUGCCCGCGGCGUAUGAUCUCAGCAGUGUUAUGGCCGGAAGCUCAGGCAUCACCCACAAUAACCUCAUCCCUCUAGGUGAGCUGCAUGCUGCGUCCCAGCACCCAGAACCCCAAGAGCAGACACUCGGAUCCGUCACUAACACAGGAAUCGUUAAUCACACCCACUCAAGAAUGGGAUCUAUCAUGAGUACGGGGAUUGUACAAGGCUCAGCUGGAGGACAAACAGGCUCCACCAACUCCACUCACUACCCAGUCAGCAACCAGUUUAGCAUGGGUGGUCCCGCUAUCUCCAUGGCCUCUCCCAUGUCAAUCACCACCAACACAAUGCAUUAUGGGAGUUAAAGAUGGCCGUUUCUCCCCCCUUCCCAUCCCUCGGCUCCGACCUCCCACGACCUCCUCUUUCCAAACUGACGGCACCUGGAUACCAAACGAAGCGGUGAUUACUUUUUAUCCUCCGUUGCGAUUGCUGCGGGGUCUUCAUCAGACGCCUGCACCAAAGAUCACCCUGCCACGGUGCAGACUCCCAUUCGGCCCCCUCCUUACCUUUUACACGGACAUUUUUCCUCCCUUUGCUGCUCUGAUCGGCCCCCCUAUACCCCCUUUUUAUCCUUCCUUACCUCACCCCCCCACCACCACCAUUUCUAUCACACAAAGCUAAAUGCUUUGCUUUCUGAAAAAAUGGACUUGUGCAAUUUUUUUUUUUUUAAAGAAACAAAAUACUAAAAAAAACCUCACUGUGUCAAAAAUGGAAGAAAGUGGGGGAGGGGGGGAAUCCUUCAAUCAGUGCCGCCUGUCUCUGAUUUAAUUGCAGAAUCAUGUAUUGCUUUCUCAGACCGUCGCCGUUAGCGUGUUGGACUCUGUGGCCCUAGGGGCAUUUGCUGUGCGUUAGUAUUAUGGUUAAAUAGGAUACUGCAUAGGGGGUCGAGGUGGGGGGGUCUGAUCGACUUAAUUAUGUUCUACAUGCAGUAAGUGCUGCGUUUUAAGGAAUUAAGGUACCCUCUAGCCUUCCCUAGCUGGGGCGGACGCCAGGCUUUUUGUUUUUGAUACUCGCCGGAGCGUCGUAGAACGUUCGUCUUACGCUGGCUUCUGUUUCUGUAACUCUCGGCCCCCGGGCUGCUCUCGCCUUCCCUGACGUUCUGGAAAAUCUGCGUUUUUAAUGCGUUUCCGUGCAGGCGGCUGAUCUGCGCUGAUGAAAUUCUAGUAUGAAUUGGCAACUAAACUUACUGCUGCUUGGGGUGGGACGGCGGCGGCAUAGAUUUGGGGGGGGUCCGGAAGGUUACUGUAUACAAAAUAAACGAGAUAAUUGGCA